ACAACUCCCGCAGCCUAAGUAACUAACCAGAAGGAGAGACUCACUAGCAGGCAGCCUCCCCCCGCUCCUCCUCUUCCUCGUCCUGCGUGGGGCUAUCUCCCCCUUAGCUUCCUCUCCCCAACAAUGUUUUCCCACCCAGCGCAACAACUUUUUUGCUGAACUUGCCUCACAUGGUGGAAAAGAGCUCUGACUCGGAAAGGCAGUGUAUGGGAGAGCGGAUCUAAGGCACUUUUUAAAAAAAGUUGCUUUUUAGGAUAAAAGGGGAACGAACAGCACUCCAGGAACAACGCGAGCAGAGGGGAAUUGCACCCACCACUUGGCAAAAGCAGGGACUUUCUUUGUUGGUUGUUUCUUUUGUUUGCAUCGAGGGUCUGUGUGGAGGCUGCCUGGCUGCGCAGGGAGAGAAUCCCCCUGUUCUGGAAAUGGCUUGGCUCAGGUGGGCUUUCCUGCUGUGCGCCUGUGUCUGUUUGUCCCCAGUGUCUGAGGCUUCCGAGAAGGGACGACUGAGGACGAUCACCUAUGUGCUGCGCCCGGGUCAGUCGGGCACCUCCGGCAGCCGCCGGCAGAGCGGAGGGCAGCAGCAGCAGCAGCAGCAGCAGCGCACGUUCAAUGUGGAGCUGAACACCCGCUACAGCGCCCGACGCAGCAGCACCUUGGAGCGAACUCGCAGGAUGAGCAAAGCCAGCGGCAGCGGCGCCAGCGUGCAGCUCCGCUUGGGCCCCAGCGUGCAACUCCAGCGCAAGCCUGCCCAGCACACGCCAGCCUCCUUCAGCAAAGCGGGCAAGCUCGUCCCGCGCGCCAAGCUCCAGCUGCGCGAGAGCAACAGCAGUGUGCAGGUUCACCCCAAGUCCAAUCUGCAGCAGCUGCAGGGGGUGAAUGUCUGUGGAGCGCAGUGCUGUCACGGCUGGAGCAAAGCUCCUGGCUCUCAGAGGUGCACCAAACCUAACUGUUCACCGCCAUGCCAAAAUGGAGGGAUGUGUCUGCGACCACAGCUGUGUGUGUGUAAACCAGGGACAAAAGGUAACACUUGUGAAGAUACCACUAAGCAAGAAACUGCUUCACCGGGCGGAUUGGGUCCUGGGACUCCACCCUGGCCUAUUCCUCAACGAUCUGUUCAGCAGACCUCUUUGUCAAAGAAGGUGCAGGUCCAGCAAAAGGUCAAUCCUAUGGCCCAGAUGACUUUCACACUCAAGCAGAAACCUUCUGGGGGAUUACCGCAACAAAUGCAAUCACAAAUGAUACCGCUUUCAUCCCAAACCUUGAUGAUGAAUGUGCAUCAUGGCCAAACUCAGGAAUAUGUGCUGAAACCGAAGUACUAUCCAACAAAGAAAGUGAUUUCGGGAGAACAAUCUACAGAGAGCUCGUUGCCUUUGAGAAUAAGUCAGGAUCUUCUUGCAUCAUCUUUUCAGUUGGGUAAUCACACGGGACGCAUCAAGGUGGUCUUUACACCCAGCAUCUGUACAGUGACUUGUAAAAAAGGCACCUGUCAGAACAGCUGUGAAAAAGGAAACACCACGACACUGAUUAGUGAAAAUGGGCAUGCUGCUGACACCUUGACAGCAACCAACUUCCGAGUAGUUGUUUGCCACCUUCCUUGCAUGAAUGGAGGCCAGUGUAGUUCUAGAGACAAGUGCCAGUGCCCUCCCAAUUACACUGGUAAACUUUGUCAGAUCCCAGUGCAAAGUGGUGGUGCUGCAAAACUUUAUCAUAAUCCGCAGCAGGCAGGCAAAGCUGUGGGAUCACAUGUCAUCCAUUCUACACAUACUCUGCCACUGACAAUGCCCGGACAGCAAGGAGCAAAAGUGAAAUUUCCUCCUAACAUUGUGAACAUCCAUGUGAAACAUCCCCCUGAAGCUACAGUGCAGUUCCAUCAAGUUUCAAGGAUUGACAGCACGUCAGCAGGACAAAAAGCAAAACCAUCCCAAUCAGGACAUUCUCAAGUGUCUUAUCAGAGCCUGCCAUUUCAGAAGACCCAGAAAGUACAUUCAACCUACACACAUCAGCAACCCGUUUCUCACGUGUACCCUGUUUCGGCAAAAACCCAGCUUGGGCGAUGCUUCCAGGAGACUAUUGGGACACAAUGUGGUAAAGCACUUCCUGGCCUUUCAAAGCAAGAAGAUUGCUGUGGGACCGUGGGUACUUCCUGGGGUUUUAACAAAUGCCAAAAAUGUCCCAGAAAACCAGCUUACCCUGGAUAUAGCCCAAUGGUGGACUGCCCACAAGGUUACAAGAGAAUUAAUGCUACUUUUUGUCAAGACAUUAAUGAAUGCCAGCUGCAAGGGGUAUGCCCUAAUGGUGAGUGUUUGAAUACCCUGGGCAGCUAUAGAUGUACCUGCAAAAUGGGAUUUGUGCCAGACCCUACUCUUUCAAGAUGCAUCCCUGAUAAUCCCAUGGUCACUGAAGAGAAAGGGCCCUGCUACCGGUUUGUCAGUGCAGGAAAGCAGUGUAUGCACCCUCUCUCUGUUCAGCUCAGCAAGCAGCUCUGCUGUUGCAGUGUUGGCAAGGCCUGGGGCCCCCACUGUGAGAAAUGUCCCAUUCCAGGAACAGCUGCUUUUAAGGAAAUCUGCCCUGGUGGAAUGGGCUAUACAGUUUCUGGCUCUCACAAAAACAAGCUAUAUCAUCAACCUUCAGUUAGAGUUCAGCCACCUGUCAUUGGCAAGACCCAGAUUACUCAACAUGUUGCUAAAGGUACUUCUCCUCCACCUCUCCCAGCAAAGGAAGAGCCAGUGGAGGCACUGACCAUCUCACAGAAAAGUGAGCCCGAGGUGCCUGUGCGAGAAGUGGGAACUGCAGCCCCAGAUCAGGAAUUAGUUUCACUUGAUGACCGAGAAAAACCUGGUCAACCUCAGCUUUCUCCUGGGAUUUCAACUAUUAACCUGCAUCCACAUUUUUCAGUAGUAGUUGAAAAAACGUCUCCUCCUGUGCCUGUUGAAGUUGGCCCAGAUGUUUCUACUUCAAGUGCUAGUCAAGUAAUAGCACCAACUCAAGUUACAGAAAUCAAUGAAUGCACGGUGAACCCUGAUAUCUGUGGAGCAGGAUAUUGUGUUAACUUGCCAGUGGGAUACACCUGCCUCUGCUUUGAGGGAUACAGGCUUAAUGAUCAACAAACAAAGUGUUCUGAUAUUAAUGAAUGUACUGAGACUCCCCAUCUCUGUUCCCUUGGACGCUGUGAAAAUACAGAAGGAAGCUUCCUAUGCAUUUGCCCAGCAGGGUUUAUGGCCAAUGAACAAGGAACAGACUGUGUUGAUGUUGAUGAAUGUGCCAGACCUCACACUUGUGGGGAAGGUCUCUGUGUCAAUACUAUUGGCUCAUACAGAUGUGAAUAUUGUGACAGUGGAUUCCGAAUGAACAGAAACCAGUGUGAAGACAUUGAUGAAUGCUCAAUUCCACAUACCUGUCCAGAUGCAGAAUGUGUUAAUUCUCCUGGUUCUUACCAGUGUGUCCCCUGCAGAGAUGGAUUCAGAGGCUGGAACGGGAAGUGUCAUGAUAUAAAUGAAUGUCAAUAUAGCAGUCUCUGUACAAAUGGCCAGUGUGAAAACCUCGAAGGAUCUUUCAGAUGUCUUUGUAGUCAAGGUUAUCAACUGUCCCCAGCAGGAGAUCAGUGUGAAGAUGUAGACGAAUGCCAACAGCAGCAGCUCUGCACAAAUGGACAAUGCAGAAACAUAGCUGGAUCCUACAGAUGUAUUUGUGGCCAAGGCUACCAGUUAUCACCUACAAAAGACCAUUGUGAAGAUAUUAAUGAAUGCCAGGAAGAAAAUGUUUGCCGUGGAGGGGACUGCGUUAAUACAGAAGGCUCUUAUGACUGUACUUGUCCAGAUGGCUUCCAGCUAUUACCUUCCAGGGGUUGUCAAGAUAUCAAUGAAUGUGCAGGAUCCAAUCUCUGUUUACCUCAUGGGAAAUGUUUAAAUACAGAGGGCUCUUUCCACUGCAUUUGUGAACAAGGCUUUAUAGUUUCUAGAGACAGUAGAACAUGUGAAGAUGUAGAUGAAUGUGCCAACAGCACUACAUGUGGCACUCAUGGGUUCUGUGAAAAUUCACCUGGCUCCUACCGCUGCCUUUGUUACCAGGGUUAUCAAUACCUACAGGAUGGAAGAGGGUGUGUGGAUGUGAAUGAAUGUGAAAUGCUGAGUGGCGUAUGUGGAGAAGCCCUCUGUGAAAAUGUGGAAGGUUCCUUUCUGUGUCUCUGUUCUGAUGAAAACCAGGAGUAUGACCCAAUGACCGGACAGUGUCGCUUCCGCUCCUCACCAGAUGUACCAUUAGAAACCCCAGCAGAUGAAAAGAAGGAAUGUUACUACAAUCUAAAUGAUGCAAAUUUUUGUGAUAACGUAUUAACAUCCAACGUUACAAAACAAGAAUGCUGUUGUACUUUGGGCGCUGGCUGGGGUGACAACUGUGAAAUAUUCCCAUGUCCUGUACUUGGAAGUGCUGAGUUUACUGAACUGUGUCCUGAAGGAAAAGGUUUCAUACCCUCUGAAGAUCCAUCUUACGGAGCUGUUGCACAGAGCUACAAAGAUGCAGAUGAAUGUCAGCUUUUUGGACAAGAAAUAUGUAAGAAUGGCUUCUGUUUAAAUACACAGCCAGGCUAUGAGUGUUAUUGCAAGCAAGGCACAUACUACGAUCCAGUUAAACUCCAGUGCUUUGAUACAGAUGAAUGUCAAGACCCCAACAGUUGUAUUGAUGGCCAAUGCAUCAACACUGAAGGAUCAUACAGUUGUUUCUGUACACAUCCAAUGGUUCUGGAUUCCACAGAAAAGCGAUGCAUCAGACCAGCUGAGUCAAGUGAACAAACUGAAGAAACUGAUGUCUACCAGGACCUUUGCUGGCAACACCUGAGUGAGGAGUACGUUUGUAACCGGCCUCUUGUUGGGAAGCAGACUACUUACACCGAGUGCUGUUGUUUAUAUGGCGAAGCAUGGGGCAUGCAUUGUGCACUUUGUCCCAUGAAAGGCUCAGAUGAUUAUGCCCAGUUGUGCAAUAUUCAAGUUCCUGGAUCUCGCAGGCCAUAUGGACAAGACGCAUUGGUUGACUUUGAGGAGGAACAGUAUACUCCAGAAACGGACCCAUACUUUGUGGAAGACCGUUUCCUGAACAGCUUUGAGGAGUUACAAGCAGAAGAAUGUGGCAUUCUGAAUGGAUGUGAAAAUGGACGUUGUGUAAGGGUGCAAGAAGGGUAUACCUGUGACUGUUUUGAUGGCUACCAUUUGGACAUGGCCAAAAUGACAUGUGUUGAUGUGAAUGAAUGUAAUGAACUGAACAACAGGAUGUCUCUCUGCAAGAAUGCCAAGUGCAUUAACACUGAAGGAUCAUACAAGUGUGUGUGUCUCCCUGGCUAUGUCCCUUCUGACAAGCCCAACUACUGCACGCCCCUGAACUCAGACACAGAUAGCGAACUGGAGUAAGAGAAGCAGCAGCUGCCAUGUAACUCUAAGCCCAUAUACUCUGCACUGUAUAAAGAAGAGAAGAGAAAGAAGUGUAUUUAACUUGAGUUAAUGAUGUUCCUCAAUUCUGAGGGUGGCUAUAUUUGGAAAACAAGCGAUAAACCGUGAAUUCGUAAAAGUGAACGGUGAUGAGUUAAUAUACAUCAGCUUCACUAAAGCAACAGACCAAAUGGACACAUUUCUCUGUAUGGAAGAAGUAAUUAAGUAUAUAGAGUGUUCAUAAAUGAAAUUCACAGGAUUAAGCAAAAUGUGCUGUUAUUUUGAACAGAAAGGUUUUUGUUUUUUACUAUUGCUUGAUUUAUUUGGCAUUUAACUAGUUGUGGAAAUAUUUUAUAGUACACUUUUUUUUAAUUUAGCAGUUCUUUGCCUAUUGUUUCUUUGGAAUCUUUUACCCUUUGAUCCAGAUAUUGCAAUAUAAGCAAUUUUCUAAACAUUUGUUAUACACAAAGUAAUGCUUGUCUUUGUCUGGAACAUUGGCCAGUGACUCUUAAAAAUAGUUAAUUGUCUGCCCUGUGGAGCAGGCAUUGGUUUUGUUUUUUUUAAAAAAUUAAAUACACUUCAUGGAAAGAAAUCCUUUGUAUUCAUUUUGUAUUCCAUGUGGCCUUUUACUGCACUUAACAUGCCUUAGAACCUGCCUUGCCGAAUUUCAAAGCUGCUAGAGGACGACCAUUGGUUAUCUUUUGUACAUUGUAACAAAAGAUCUGAGCGCCUGUCUGUAUUGUAAUGUGUAAAUUGAACACAGAUCUUGUAUUGAUUACCCUAACAUAUUAAAGCUGUAUAUUAAAACUCAUUAAAAUCUACAUUUUUUAGGAAAAAAUGUAUACUCAGUA